UAUUUUGUGUCAUCCAUUUUUUUUUUAUAAAAAAACUGUCUUGAAUGGGCACAGUCGUGUAUUACACAGGUUUAGUUUCUCCAAGAUUGAGAUUUUGCUCUAAAAAAAUUGUGGGUUCUUCAGUUGGUGUACAAAGACAGCAAGUAUUGGAGCAAGUGGACAAGGAGCUAAGUAAGGGAGAUGAAAGAGCAGCACUCUCUCUUGUCAAGGAUUUGCAAGGGAAGCCUGGUGGGCUUAGAUGUUUUGGUGCUGCAAGGCAGAUACCACAAAGGCUUUACACAUUGGAUGAAUUGAAACUAAAUGGAAUAGAGACAAGAUCACUUUUAUCUCCUGUGGAUGCAACUCUUGGUGCUAUAGAAAGAAAUCUGCAGCUUGCUGGUGUUGCUGGAGGGCUUGCUACAUGGAAUGCAUUUGGGUUGAGUCCACAACAGAUCCUCCUUUUCUCCUUGGGGUUGUUGUUUUUGUGGACAUUGGACUCUGUGUCUUUUAAUGGAGGUCUUGGCAGCUUGGUUCUUGAUACGAUUGGGCACACCUUCAGUCAGAAGUACCACAACCGGGUUAUUCAACAUGAAGCUGGCCAUUUCCUGAUUGCCUACAUGGUGGGCAUCCUUCCAAGAGGUUAUACACUUACAAGCCUGGAAGCUUUACAGAAGGAUGGAUCUUUCAAUGUUCAAGCAGGGACUGCUUUUGUGGAUUUUGAUUUUCUUGAAGAAGUUAAUACAGGAAAAGUAUCAGCUACGACUCUGAACAGAUUCUCCUGUAUAGCACUUGCGGGUGUAGCGACCGAGUACCUUUUAUUCGGAUAUGCCGAGGGUGGACUUGCUGAUAUAAAUAAGUUGGAUAUGUUAAUCAAGGGCUUAGGCUUCACUCAAAAGAAAGCAGAUUCCCAAGUCAGAUGGUCUGUCCUGAACACUAUCCUAAUGUUGCGUCGUCAUGAAGGAGCCAGAGCAAAACUUGCAGAGGCCAUGACAAUGGGAAAAUCUGUAGGAUCUUGCAUCGGCAUUAUAGAAGAUAAUAUAGAUGGUGCAGAUAUCUAGUUGCUGCUGGGUUUACAGCCACUGUUGCUUCCUGGAAAUUCAAUCCCGCAACAAUUUUCUAAACAAAUUUUGUCCUCUCUUGUAAACUGCGUCUUGCUGGAUUUCAUACGUAGAGACUCCUAUCUGUAAUACUUAUUGUAAAUCAUUUAGACCAUUCAUAAUUCUAUGUCAAUGGGCUUUGAAUCCUCUCUUACCCA